ACUUCACACAAGCUACUAGAAAGUACUCUGCUCAAUCGGUCGAUGAGGGUGUCAAGCAUGGCGUCCAAGGGUCUCGUUGUGUUUGCUGUCCUGCUUGCUGCGGCUUUCCUCGUGGCCACAGCUGAACAAACUCAGGCCAAGAAGGAAGAGACUAAGGCCGGUGUUCAGGGUUACCACGGCGGCGGCGGCGGAGGCGGUGGCUACCAUGGCGGCGGCGGCGGCGGCGGCGGCGGGGGGUACCCUGGCCACGGGGGCGGCGGCGGCGGGUAUCCUGGCCACGGUGGCGGCGGAGGUGGCGGCGGCUACCCUGGCCACGGUGGUGGCGGAGGUGGCGGCGGCUACCCUGGCCAUGGGGGUGGCGGCGGCGGCAGCGGCAGCGGCUGCCGGUACCAGUGCUGCGGGCACGGGCAUAGUGGCUGCCGCUGCUGCGCAAGCCCCAACGAGAUCCCGGAGCCCAUGUAUCGGGCGGAGGUCUGCAACUAAGUAUCAGAUGCUACAUACGGACGUUGCUACUUGCCUGCACGUAGUAACUACUCGUAUAUGUGGUCAAUAAGAAGGUAGGUGCAUGUAUGUAUGUAUGUACGCAUACGUAUAGAUUGCACAGUUAUGUUGAUCCAAUAAUGCCAGGACUCUGUCCUGAUCGUGUAUUCA